UAAUAUAUCUAUGUUUCUCUCUGAUAGUACCUUGUUAAUGUCCCGAAGAUUGUAAUAGUUGAUAUCUACAUAAAUAUUUGUUGCUGAUUGCUGAUAAUUUUGAUAUUUCAUUUAAUUAUUAUAUUUCAUACUUCUUAAUUAUCAAGUACUGUAGAGCGGUAUUUCUUUAAAGGUACAUCUAAAAAAGGUACAUAUAUAUAUAUAUAUAUAUAUAUAUAUAUACAUAAAUAAAACAAUAUGUCAAUGGUAUAUCCAAAAUUGGCAGUGAGAGAUAGCAUUGACGAUGAUGAUCUCACUGAUAUUGAAGAUGAGGUAUUUAUUAGAGAUGGAAGAAACAUUGGAUUGAAGUUAGAUGAUGAUGGUGGUGUUAAGCGGCCUCUUAUGCCACCUCGUAGAAAAUGCAAGAAAUCGUGUAGCUUUCAGACCCAUAAAUUACCAUACAAGGCACUUUUUAUGCCGCUGUGUUAUGGAAUUACAGCAUUAAUUGUAGUAUUAGGUUUAAUCAUACUUUGUAUAUUCACUGUGAAUAUAUUCCCGAUGCCAUUAACUAUAUUGAAAAAUUGGUUGACACAUGAACUAAAAGACAUCUCUAUAAACAAGUCAGAAAUAAUACCAUGUACAUCACUCUCAUCAAAAAUUUUAUGGACUAAAUCAUUGCCAAAGUUAACUUCUGAAGCACCUCUAAGAAGUAAUGAUGUUAAUUUUGAUGGAAUUGAGGAUAUUAUUGUGGGAUUUAGUACAGGUCUGGAUACAAUGGAUGCUCCGGAAUAUAUCUGUACUUUAUAUUUUGGUAAUCAAACACCAUGUCUAGGCGGCGUAUUAGCGUUGAAUGGUAAAACGGGCGAAACCAUUUGGACACAUUGGACUGCCCAUGCCAUAUUUUCCAUUGAUUGCGGUGUGGAUUUGACAAACGACAAAAUUAAAGAUUGUAUCAUAUCUGGGCGUGGUGGGAUUCUGCAAGCUAUUAACGGUCGUGAUGGUUCUAAUAUAUGGGAAAUACCGAUUCAAGAUACAGUUGCAUCUCCACAGCAACAAAGAAUUUUAGAUAUUUAUGAUGCUAGAUUUAUAACGGAUAUGGACGGCGAUGGUAUUGGUGAUGUAAUAGCGUCACAUGCCAUGCAAUCGGACGACGUCCGAGCAAGUAAUGUACUUAUAAUAUCGGGAAGAAGUGGAGAUAUUAUACGCAAAGUUAAUUUACCAGACACAGAACAACUGUUCAUAGCACCGCAAAUUAUGGUACAGUCCGAUGGAGAAAAUAUAUUUGUUCUAGCUACAAGUAGUCAACAACAAGCUGGAGGAUUAUACAUAGUAUCCCAAGCUAACAUGUUUUACGGUGAUUUGCAAUUACGAAAACUUCAUCAUAAUACGGGAAAAGGUGCGCUCUUACCACCGAUUUUGAUAGAUAUUACAUCAGACGGAAUCGAAGAUAUUGUGGCAGCUAUGUUCAAUUCUACAAUUAUGGCAUACAAUGGAUCAACAUUUGAACCUAUCUGGAAUUACACAGUCCCUAAUUCUGAAGUAAUUAGCAUUCCAAUUCCUGGUUAUUACAAUGACGAUAAUAUACCAGACUUUAUGAUAAAGCAUCAGAUAGGUGCUGGUUUCCCCACGUAUUAUUAUACCGUGGCUACAAUCAUAGAUGGUCGUAAUGGACAACCUUUGCUCGAAAAACCGAUAGAGGAUAGCUUGAGUAGGCAAAUGUCUGGAUUAUCGGUCACUGUUGAUGGAUUCGGUAAUGAUUGGUUCUUGCAUUGGUCUGCCGACUGUUUAAACUACGAGGGAAUCAAAGAGAAAUAUCAGUUUCUGAAAGGUCAAAGUCUCGCGUCGCAAACGCGCGCUGACCUUUGCCGGUUAAGAUUUAAUUCGACGCUCACUAUGAGGCUACUGGCUCUGAGUCAACACGUUGGCCCACCCGGAAUAUCGUUGUAUUUCUCCGAGAAUUGGAAAUCAUUGGAGUUUAAUAGUUCGAUUGAUCCAAGAAAAGAGGCGGAAAAAUUUUUGGAUGCCCAUCAUCGAUUCGAAAUCAUGGAUACUUAUGCGAACAUACCGCUGGUUUCCGAGCGAUCAUCAAAAGACUAUAAAAAUCAUCAGAAAGAAAGUAUCUUCAAGUAUAAAGAUAAUCUACUCGCGGAGAUCGGCAAAUACGAUUCGGAUACGGUAUACGACGAAAAUGUCGACGAAUUCAAAAAUCACAAGAAACAUGGUUUUGUUGAGGACGAUGUCAUAGAAAAUUUGGACAACGAUCGAGCAUGGAAACAAAAUAAUAAUAAAUGGACAGAAGAUAAUGUACAAUUGAAUAAAGAGUAUAAUGGUCUUUACAGAAAUGAUAACAGUAACAAUGAAGAUGAGGAACAAAAUACAGAUUAUCUGCAAGCUGAAGUGCGAGAGCAGAGGAGUGCUGAAAUUAAAGAUCCAUAUUUUAUAAAUAUUUCUUAUGGAGAAUAUAUUUCUAAAAAAAUUAACGAUAAUUUAAUAUCUUCUGAAUUAAUACAACGUCAUUCGCGAUUGAAUAACGAGGAUAUUAACGUAAAAAAGAAAAAAGGAAUGGAAAAAAUUAAUAAAGGAAAUGAUUCAAUGAGCAAAAUUGAUGUAAUGAAUAUAUCAAUGGCAAAUAUAUCAACUCUAAAACUUGAAGAAAAUAUAUCAACUAUAUUGAAUGAUAGGUCAAAUAUCGUAAAAACUAUUACAGUACAUAGUGCAUUAAAUACAUCAGUAAUUACAAGCGAAUCAAUCAGAGCAAAUAAUACAAAUUUCGAUUUUAAGAUGCCGAAAGUCACAUAUACCGAAGCAUCCAAUAUUACAAACCAAGUAAUCACUGGUCAUCAAGCUACAACUUCCAAAGUUGUAGGUAUGAUACAGCAAAAACAGAUUUACAAGCAUAGUUUUCCAAAUAUUGUCCAAGACGCAGAUGAUGAUAUUAAUAUAGAAAAAGUAUUUAAACGGGAAUCAUUAAAAAAUCAAAGUAAAAUUAACAAAAAACAAUCUUCGAUAUUAUCAUCUAUAAAGGACAAAAAUUAUAAAAUACAACAGAGGCGAAGAAUUAAACGAAAAUAUGAAACUAACGGCAAUCAAUCGAACAAUAUUAAUGGUAUUCGGAGACAAUCACCAACUGGUAUUUUGUUACCAUCCAUCGCCGAAUCCAAAAGAAAAACUUCGGUAGAUCUAGUCUUCUCUACAUUCUGGCUGCCAUCAUCCGAGGUGUCUCUAAUUUUGUCACAAGUGGAUCUAAAAUGCAUUCAUAGAAAAAAAGCAUUAUCAGAGAAUAAACUCCAGUACAAAAAAGAUGAUGAUAUUAUCAGCGAAUGUUUAUCCGAUCGAGGUAUUAAUUAUAAAUUAUAUCAAGAAUCAAUGGAUAGAGAAAAUACCAAAAUUGCACUUGGUCAAACGACAAUAUACAGAAUAAAGCUGGAGUGUGUAUGUCCAGAGGAUAUGUUACCUAAUCAAACUUGUAGGAAUAUUUCAUUACAUCAAAGUUGGCCCGAACAUCUAGGCUCUUCUGGAAAUGGCUAUUUUAAGCCAUUACAUAGAUUAAAUAAUUGAAGAAAUUUCGAGAUUUCUCUUUUAAGCUACAUAUAUAAAUUAUGAAGAAAAUUCUUUUAUUGUAGCAGUUGUUGAUGAUGAGGGGAUGUUAUGCGAUAUUCUGCGAUAUGCUAUUAUAAGAUUUCACUAUUAAUAAUAAUUUAAAUGUAAAUAAUUAUGAUAUAUGAACUGAAUAAUCUAUUGAUCUUAAUUUAUAUAAUAGUACAAUCAAAGGUAAAUUAAUUAUGUAUUAGCAAAUACAAAUAAUCUAUAAGUAA